UUUUCCUGCUGUCAUCGAAACAGCUGAAAACUAGUACAUACUCUUAUCCGUCUUCUUCAUCCCCAAAUCCAGAAGCUUUAGGGUUUCCAUUUCUAUUCACAUCUUAAUCUUCUCCGAUUUAUUCGAAUUGAACCUUUUUUUUUAUCUUAUUACCAGCUGUUGAAGUGAAUGUCUGUGGUGUAUCAUGUCUAGUAAUAUGGGAACAGAGCAUAUGUCUAUCAAUCUAGAGACAUGGAAACCGGAUUCAGAAAAUUUUGGAGAGACGAGUUUGAUGGAGAUUGAAUCAAAUGAUCCUCCUACUGUUCAGGAUAUCUCAGUUUCAGACAUGGAACAAGAGCCUGUGGCUUCCACGAGCAGUAACCUGGACUUACCGAAAGAGGAAACAUCUGUCUCUGGUCCUUUGUCAUUCCAAUUUGAGCCAGAUGCUUCUUUGUUGGUUGAUUCUCAGUCUUUAAUGCCUCAGUUGCAACCUCCAUAUUCUGGAGGUAUGUCAGUAGGGUCGUUGCAGCUGACAGGGAAGCGGAAAUCACCACCAGAGUCUACUCUCGGUGGUUCUGUUUCCGAGAAGUUAGAUUUACCAAACAAGCGAGUACAGCCAGUGCAUCACAGACCAUGGCUAGAACAAUUUUAUUCAGAAAGUAUUCAGCUGGGUCAUAUACCAGCCGCUACUCUUUCACCCAAGAUGGAACAUCCACCAACGCCUGCCAAGAAAGUGAGGCAGAUGGAACCUGCUUCCCAAAAAUCUGGGAAGCAAGUGAUGAGCAAGAAACAAGCAGGCCCUUCACAAGGGUCAACGAAAGCACGUAAUGAUGGGAACGAGUCUUUGAGGUCUAAAAUGAAGGAAUCAUUAGCAGCUGCCUUGGGUUUAGUUCACGAGCGUGAGGAAUCUCCGAAAGAGAAAAAAAAAUCAGAAACUGAAGAAACUACUAAUGUUCCAGUAGCUGGAAGUAGUAAGCCUGCCUCAGCCUGUGUUAAUGGUGUUCCAGUAGGUGAAGGCAUCGCGCCGGAAUUGUCCAUAAGGGAUGAAAUUUCUGGGCAGAAAGACGGCAAUGGAAGAAUCUUGUCAGAAGAGACUUCCAAUGACACAAAGAUGAAUUAUGUUAAUCAAUCUGAUGUACAGAAAACUCAAUUUGACGAGGUUUUCCCCUGUGAUGAUCUUCGUUUUAGUGAUAGUGUUUUUUCUGGCGAUGAACUUUUACAGGGUAAUGGCCUCUCAUGGGUUUUGGAACCUGUUUCAGAUUUUGGGGAGAAUGAAACUGGUAGAGGAAAAUCAAUGGAGGAUCCAGAGCUCCUUGCAUCUAAAAUCGAGUUGGAACUUUUUAAACUCUUUGGAGGUGUGAACAAGAAGUACAAAGAGAAGGGAAGGUCUCUCUUAUUUAAUUUGAAGGAUAAGAACAAUCCUGAGCUAAGAGAAAGUGUCAUGUCCGGCAAGGUCUCUCCAGAGAGAUUGUGUUCUAUGACAGCUGAAGAACUUGCUUCUAAGGAGCUUUCUCAGUGGCGACAAGCAAAAGCAGAAGAGAUGGCUGAGAUGGUUGUCCUACGGGAUGCAGACAUCGAUGUUAGAAAUCUGGUGAGGAAAACUCAUAAGGGUGAGUUCCAGGUAGAAAUUGAUCCCGUUGACAGUGGGACAGUGGAUGUCUCUGCUGAGAUAACCUCACAUAGUAAACCUCGAGCCAAAGCAAAAUCCAUGAAAUCAUCUACCAAAUCCACUCUAAUGAAAAGUGACACGAAUGAUAAGGACACAAAAUCUAACCAGGAAACAUCAACCGGUAUGACACUUCCCUCAACGGAGGAGACUGAUCCAAUGCAAGGUCUGUCGAUGGAUGACGAGAUGAAGGAUGUGGGAUUUCUUCCUCCAAUUGUAUCGCUUGAUGAGUUUAUGGAAUCCCUGAACUCAGAACCUCCAUUUGGCAGUCCACAUGCAUCUGAGAAGAGUGACUCAGAAGUUGGGUCACAUUCAAAAUCACCUUUACAAUCUCCUAAACAGUCUCCAAAGGAACCCAGUGAGAGUGUUUCUUCUAAAACAGAACUCGUAAAGACUAAUGUAAUUUCCCCAAGACUGGAUACUGGUGUCAAACUCGAUGCUGAUGUCUCUAAGCCUGAAAGUACACCUUUGAUUGAUAGCAUUAAAGAGGACCACAUAUGGGAUGGUAUAUUGCAGCUUAGCGCCGCUUCAGUUGUCUCAGUCACUGGAAUAUUCAAGAGUGGUGAGAAAGCAAAGACAAGUGAGUGGCCAACAAUGGUGGAGGUAAAGGGUAGAGUAAGACUCAGUGCGUUUGGGAAGUUUGUACAAGAGCUUCCUUUGUCUCGAAGCCGUGUCUUAAUGGUAAUGAACGUGGUGUGUAAGGAUGGUAUCUCUCAAAGCCAACGUGACAGCCUUUUUGAGGUUGCUAAGUCGUACGUUGCUGACAAAAGAGUUGGUUACGCAGAGCCAACAACAGGCGUUGAGCUUUACUUAUGUCCUCCACGUGGAGAAACCCUGGAUUUGCUGAGCAAAAUCAUCUCCAAGGACCAUGUUGAUGAGGUCAAGUCUUCAGACGAUAUCGGGUUUAUCGGCGUUGUUGUCUGGAGGCGUGCAGUUGCCGCCUCUCCUGGCUCACGCCAUAAGCCCGGAUUCAAACGUCAGCAUUCUUCUGUAAGCACUAAGAGGUCUGUGUUGGCUCCAGAGAACAAAAAGUCUAGUAGUGUGAAUGUUACGAAUCAUCCUGUUGUAAAGGUUGCAUCCAUAGGGAAUCAUGGUUUGGUUGGCUGUGAUGCUACUGACGAUGAAGACGUACCACCUGGAUUUGGCCCGGUAGGUGUGAAAGACGACGAUGAUUUGCCAGAAUUUAACUUCAAUACCUCAACUGGACCGGUUACUUCUUCUCCCCAGCCACCACCUCAGUCCAAGUCCAUGGAUCAAGUAAGGGAGCUCAUUCUCAAGUAUGGGAAUUCAGCAGGUAGUGGUAGUAAACAACCAUGGAAUGGUCAUGAUGAUGAUGACGAUGAUAUUCCUGAAUGGCAACCACAAGUCUCAGGCCACCAAAUUCAAUUACCUCCACCACCACCACCUCCUGAAUUGGGUCCACAGUUUCAUAGCAGAACCGUGGCCCAACCGCCGGCACAACUACGUGGUGCGGGAACACCAGGUGGAUGGAGGGCCAAUCAAGACGCACUCAGGCAACAACAGUACAGUGCACGUAGGAACAGAGGAUUUUGAUAUUUGUGAAUGUGUUUGUGUAAAUUAGUUAGGUGUAUUGACGUCUCUAUAUCAUCGGCUUUUCUCCGUAGUGUUUAAUAGAAUUGUAAACCUUUUGAACAAUGGAGUCUUUAAGCAUAAUAAGUUUGAUGGGAAA